UAAUUCAACGUCAACCAAUUAUUCAUCCUCUAUACAUACCCACCUACCCCCUCACCAUUCCCCCACCCACUCCACCCACCGCCACCAACCAUGCCACCACCGAACCUCCCACCUCUCCCUCCACCCCCACCCUUCUUCUGGGGCGAAACCCCAGAAGACGAAUUCUACACCUCCCAAAACAUCCACCACUCCACAUCCUACUUCCAGACCCCCAACGGCCAAAUCUUCACCCAAUCAUGGCGCCCAUCAUCCCCCACCCAACCCAUCAAAGCCACCGUCUUCAUGACCCACGGCUACGGCUCCGACUCCAGCUGGUGCUUCCAAAAAAUCUGCAUCGCCUACGCCCAGUGGGGCUACGCUGUCUUUGCUGCUGAUCUUCUGGGCCAUGGUCGCUCUGAUGGCCUUCAUGGGUAUAUUGGUGAUAUGGAUAAAGCUGCUGCCACUUCUUUGUCGUAUUUUGUUACUGUUCGGAAGAGUGAUGAGUUUACAAAGCUGCCGGCGUUUUUGUUUGGUGAGUCUAUGGGUGGUGCUAUUACUAUGCUUAUGUAUUUGCAGUCCGACAAAGAUGUCUGGUCUGGUUUGAUAUUCUCGUCGCCGCUCUUUGUUAUACCAGAAGCUAUGGUUCCGUCUAAGCUACAUUUGACAAUGUACGGGCUCCUGUUCGGAUUGGCGGAUACAUGGGCGGCAAUGCCAGAAAAUCGGAUGGUGGCAAAGGCAAUUAAGGAUUUUGAAAAACUGAAGAUAAUCGCAGUGAACCCAAAACGAUACACUGGAAAACCGAGGGUGGGGACGAUGAGGGAGGUUGUGAGGGUAACAAAUUACUUACAGAACAACUUCCAGAAGGUCACUGCCCCAUUUUUCGUUGCACACGGGACAGCGGAUGGGCUGGCUUGUCAUUCUGGUUCAGAAAUGUUAUACGAGAAAGCUGCAACUCCGGCGGAAGAUAAGACGUUGAAGCUGUAUGAAGGUAUGUACCACUCAUUGAUUCAAGGGGAGCCUGAUGAGUCCGUUGCGCUUGUGUUGGCGGACAUGAACGCUUGGAUUGAUGAAAAAGCGCAAAAGUUUGGCCCUCAAUCUAAUGGUAACUGAUCUGUUAUUCCUCUGAUAAAUAAUUAUGAAAUAUUUCCAAGUAAUAUUGAUUUUUCUUUGUGUGGCAAUGGCUGUUAAGAAAACAUAAUAUAAUUGAUAAAGUGUUGUUGAUUUAUUGUUCAUUACCAAAUAGAUGGAAACUUAUAUA